AUGUUAUCUCUUAACACCACCAAUGGUUCUGAAGAUGCCCUUGCCGAGUAUAUGGAACAAUUGAACGAUAUGAUUGUUCCCUUGUUAACAAUUCUGAUCAUUCUUGGUUUGUUCUUCAUGAUCAUCUUUCUGCUAUCGUUAGGCUUGAUCCCAUCGUUCCUCCGCCGUCAUCGAGGUAACCGUGAAAAUUGGAUGAAGUUCGCCGAGUUCCCGAUCAUCAACCACUCCUACCAUGUUAUCAGAACCUAUUACGUGGGAUACGUUGGUUCAAUGUUUAUCAUUGGGCCGAUUCUUGGUUUCGCAUUUGUGAAUUUCAACAUAAAAAUGUGGCCGCUGUUGCUUGUUGCUUUCGUCUUGGCUAUAAUUUGCUUUGUUUGUUGCUACAUCGUCCAGCUUUUCACUCAAGUCUAUCUGGUGACAAUCGCUUAUGAACUUGUUGGACUAUGCAAGAACAAAGAUGACUUGAAGGAGAAACAUAUUGAACAUGAGCAACGUGUCAAGAGAAGUUGGAUCAAAAAGCUGUAUCUGAUUUUUAUAGCAAGAGACUUUUUACUCAUGCCGGCUCUUAUUAUCUACGACGUUGUCCAUAUUUAUCAGGAAAUGGCAACUCCUGGACUAACAAUGGAAAAUGUGUUUGUGUCACAGAUAGUCGGAAUGAUUAUCUCCGCAAUCAUCUACCUCAUGGUACCUAUGGCAACUCUCUAUUCAAUUAUUAUGAAGAUCAGCUCCAAUGAAAAGCCAAUCUCUGAAAAUCCGCUUCGACGUUUGAUGUUUGUUCAAGGAGUGGUUAUAUCUUCAUUGAUUAUGAUGAUUAUUGUUGCAUUUGGAAUUCUUUUCAUUAUUGACCACAGAAGAUCAUUCAAUAUACUUAUUUACGGAUUUCAAGCUACUGGAUUGAUGUUGCCACUGCAAAUUCAAAUGACUACACUGAUCGUUUGUAAGAAAGCGGACUCGGAAGCAUCUGCUAAUCAAAUUGCCCCGAUUGCCCCUCCGGCUUAUUCUGAGAAAUCUAAUAACGAUUUGAUUUGA